GCGAUAGGAGAGAGAGAGAGAGAGAGAGAGAGAGAGAGAGAGAGAGAGAGAGAGAGAGAGAGAGAGAGAGAGAGAGAGAGAGAGAGAGAGAGAAGAUGGCUAUGGCAGGGCUACAGAAGCCAACAGAGCCUUAUACCUACUCGGCAGCACCUCGGCCAGUGAACCAUCGGAAGUUCGGCAAGUUCAGUGAACCAGCGUAUCUUUAUUCUGGUCCAAUGAACAUAAUGUAUGAUCCACGUGUGAUCCGAGGGAACACAUACGCAUUGCAGGUCAAUCCUUUUCUUUGGCAAGAAGAGGCAGCAGCAGCAGCAGCAAAGCGCAAGAAGAAGAAGCGGAAAAGACCGCCGGAAAAAAAGCGUCCAGAAACUCCGGAGCCAGUUUUCGGAAGGAAGCAUAUUGUUCUGCAGACAGACAAAUAUUUGGAAGAGCUUUCGGAUAAGAUUCCAGAAGCAACAGCCGAGACACAGACAGAUCCAUUCAUGGACCGUCCUCUCACACCAUUGUACAUUCCUCAAAAAACAGGGCUUGAUGUCGCCACACAGAUCGAAGAGGGUGACUUAUUCCACUUUGACAUUGAGGUUGAGCCCAUACUGGAGGUGCUUGUUGGAAAGACACUUGAGCAAGCUCUCAUGGAAGUACUGGAGGAGGAAGAAUUGGCAGCAAUGCAUGCUCAUCAGGAGCAUUUUGAACAAAUACGAAAUGCAGAGCUUGUAGCUGUGCAGCGUAUGGAAGCUGCGGAAAUCAGAAAACUUGAGGAGAAGGAGCGACGAAUUGCUCAGGAGAAACAACGACUCAUACACGAAAAGAUCGCAAAGGAAAAGCUAGCAGCGCAGACAUUCUCUCGUGGAUAUCUCUCCGUGAUCUUUGACAACGUGUUCCGCAAAUUGAGGCAAUCUGGACACUUCUACGACCCUGUCGAGAGAGAGGUCAAGAACUCCAUUGAGAUAUACAAUCAGAAGCAUGUCGAGGCUGAAAGACGCAAAGCGGAAUAUUUGGCAGAGAAGCGGAAGAAGGCAGAGGAGGAGGCCAGGUUGAAGGCAGAGGCAGAGGCAAAAGCCCAGGUGGUGCGCGAGAAGAAAGUCAAGCUUCUUGCGACGAUGAUUGAGAACGGAACAGUUUCAGAAGAAGAACGCGAAAAACUGCUCGAGGAUCUGGAGGAGAAUAAGAGGUUGUUGCAAGAGGUCUCGAAGGACGCCGUCAAACUUGACGCUCUCCUGUACGAUAGGUUGAUGGAACAAGGCACCAUCACAGAGGAGAUGGUAGAGGAGAUCGAGGCAGCGGAGAAAGCAAGGAUCGAGACAGAGAGGAAGGGCAAGAUCCUUCGCAGCAUACUUGAAAGAAGUCUCAUCAGAGAAAAAGAUAAGAACAAACUGAUGGCAGAGAUCGAGGAGAACGAGGAAAACGCGGAGAUCUUGAACGAUGAGGCUGCAGUCAACGUGUUAUUGUUUGACAUGUUGCUGGAGCAGGAGUACAUUACCCAAGAGACAGUGGCGGAAACGGAAAAACUGGUGGCGGAAGAGGAAGCGAAGGCAAAGGCGGAGAGAGAGCGUAAGGGCAGAAUUCUUCUCAGUCUGCUCGAAAGAGGGGUUGCCCAAGAAAAGGACAAGAAGCGGAUGCUCAAAAAGAUAAAGAAGGACGAGGAACGCGCAAGUAUUUUGAAAGAUGUACCCGCUCUGAAUGCUUUGUUGUUUGAUAUGAUGUUGGAGAAGGGGUCCAUCACACAAGAGAUGGUGGCCGAGACAGAAGCCUUGUUCGAAGCAGCAGAGAAGGCGAAGGCCGAGAAAGAGCACAAGGGAAAACUCCUUCACAGUUUGCUGGAAAGAAAUCUCGCCAAAGAAACGGAUAAAGCUCAACUGCUCGCCGAGAUUAAGGAGGACAAGAAACGCGCAAGUAUCUUGAAAGACGAAACCGCUCUGAACGCGCUGUUGUUCGACAUGCUGUUGGCGAAGAAGCUCAUUACCCCGGCGAUGGUCGGCGCAACUGAAGAAAUGUGGGCAGCAGCGAAGGCGAAGGUCGAGUGGGAGCGUAAGAGCAAACUCCUUCGCAGCAUGCUGGAAAGAAAUGUCAUCAAGGAAACAGACAGCGCUCCGCUGCUCGCACAGAUCAAAGAGGACAAGCAACACGCAAAUACCUUGACGGACGAAACCGCUCUGGACGCACUGUUGUUCGACAUGCUGUCCGAGAAGCAGCUCAUUACCCCAGCGACGAUCGCCGCAACCGAAGAGUUCUGGGCCGCAGAGAAGGUAAAGGCGGAGAGAGAGCAUAAGGGCAAACUCCUUCAAAGUAUGCUCGAAAGAACUCUUGUCAAAGAGACCGAUAAAGAUCAACUGCUCGCAGAGAUAAAGGAGGACAAGAAACACGCAAACAUCUUGAAGGACGAAACCGCUCUGAAUGCGCUGUUGUUCGACAUGCUGUUGGAGAAGAAGCACAUUACCCCGGAGAUGGUCGCCGCAACCGAAGAAUUGUUGGCGCCGCCGCCUGAACCGCCACAAGAACCUCCACCACCACCGCCCGGGUAUAUGACUUAAAGCCAAAUAAAUACGACUGACCGGCCGGGUAUAUGUGACUUAAAGCCAAGUAAAUACGACUGAGCUCGUAAUGUAAUGAAUGAGCGCGAGCGCA